AUAUCACUGGCGAUAGACGUGGUGAUCCGGACGAGGUUUUGCAACAUGAGAUUACUGAUAUCAUCCGCCGUGUUUUGCGUUCUGUUCUGGAGCGUCUCUACUACCCACCUGACGGUAACUAGUCAUUGGCCGGGUGGUUAUACGGCUAACAUAUGUAUCACAAGCAGCGCCCCCACAGACUGUGGCUGGAGGGCAGAGGUCGAAUUUCAACCACCCAUAAAUCUCGAGAUCCAGGACGCUACCAUAGCAAGCUCUGAAAUUCUAAGUUCAUCGGCGCAGUUCUCGCUGAUUCACAAGGAACACACCAAGACCCUGAGCGCCGGAACGGACCGCUGCUUCGGAAUCGUGGCUCGUGUGAGCGGCGGUCAAGAUCUUCAACAGAACGACGUAACCUUCACGGGAAGAUUUGUUGAAAUAUGCAAUCCUGGACAUUCUUCUUACUUUAUCCCUGAAUCCUGGCACGGCGGCUUCAUUGGAAAACUCUGCAUGACGACUACAACGGCUGUGUGUGGAUGGCAAGUGACCAUGACCUUUAGUCCGGCGAUCACCAAAAUAAAGAGCUUAUGGGAUGGAAACAUUCAACAGCCGGCUUCUGGUAACACCGUCGUCGUGGAUGAUGCUGGAUACAACAGAGACAUCGAAGCGGGCGGCCAGGUGUGUUUCGGCUUUGACACGGCCAUUAAUGGCGUCCAUGUUUCCAAGGCAACCAUGUCAAUAACUGGAGUGUUUUCCAGGGCCGGCAUCUGUGAUCCAAAUGCAGGGCAUUCUUCUUACUCCAUCCCGGAAUCCUGGCACGGCGGCUUCAUUGGAAAACUCUGUAUGACGACCACAACGGCUGUGUGUGGAUGGCAAGUGACCAUGACCUUUAGUCCGGCGAUCACCAGAAUAAAGAGCUUGUGGGAUGGAAACGUUCAUCAGCCGGCGUCUGGUUACACCGUCGUUGUGGACGAUGCUGGGUACAACAGAGACAUCGAGGCAGGCGGCAAGGUGUGUUUUGGCUUUGACACGGCCAUUAAUGGCGUCCAUGUUUCCAAGUCAUCCAUGUCAAUAACUGGGGUGUUUUCCAAGAUCGGCAUCUGCGAUCCGAAUGCAGGACAUUCUUCUUACUCCAUCCCGGAAUCCUGGCACGGCGGCUUCCUUGGAGAACUCUGCAUGACGACCACAACGGCUGUGUGUGGGUGGCAAGUGACAAUGACCUUUAGCCCUGCGAUCACCAAAAUAAAGAGUUUGUGGGAUGGAAACGUUCAUCAGCCGGCGUCUGGUAACACCGUCGUCGUGGACGAUGCUGGGUACAACAGAAACAUCGAAGCGGGCGGCAAGGUGUGUUUUGGCUUUGACACGGCCAUUAAUGGCGUCCAUGUCUCCAAGGCAACCAUGUCUAUAACUGGAGUGUUUUCCAAAAUCGGCAGCUGCGAUCCGACUCCAGGCGCAGGCCGGUACAACUACCAGGAUGUGUUACACAAGUCGAUUCUCUUCUACGAGGCGCAGCGAUCUGGUGUCCUUCCGCAAAACAAUCGAAUCCCUUGGCGAGGGGAUUCGGCUGUUGGCGAUCAGUCUCCAAAUGGCAGAGAUCUGUCGGGGGGAUGGUAUGAUGCUGGCGACUUCGUCAAGUUGAACUUGCCAAUGGCGUUCUCCACGACGACACUGCUGUGGGGUCUGAUCAGGUUCAAGGACGGAUACGUGGCGUCAGGCGAGCUCGCCAACAUGUAUGACUCAAUCAGGUGGCCGCUCGACUACUUCAUAAAGUGCUGGGAAGAUCAGAACAAUGUGUACUGGGCUCAGGUGGGAAAUGCCACUUUAGACCACGAUUACUGGGGCAGACCGGAAGAGAUGUCAAUGGCGAGGCCCGCGUUCAGUGUGACCACGAGCUCAGGCGGAAGUGACGUGUCGGCAGAGACUGCCGCGGCGUUAGCUGCUGGAUCCAUUGCUUUCCGCACUGAGGAUCCGAGCUACUCAGCAACGUUACUGUCUAAAGCCAUCAGUCUGUACGACUUCGCUUAUAACCACAGAGGAACCUACACAAACUCUGUUCCAGCUGCAGACGCCUACCCGUCUACCGCCUACAACGAUGAGCUGUGCUGGGGGGCGGCCUGGUUGUACAAGGCGACCGGUGAUGCGACUUACAUCCAAAAGGCUCACGAAUUCGCUUUCACGGACUCUGGAGAAUUUUCCUGGGACGACAAGAUCAGAGGAUGUCAGGUUUUGCUGUAUGAGAUCGCAAAGGAACGAAAUGAUGUCACUAACGAAAAUACAUUCAGGACGGACAUCGAUAAUUUCCUGACGAGCUGGAUGCCAGGUGGAAGUAUACAGCAGACUCAGUGCGGGCUUGGCUGGAUCGGGCAGUGGGGGGCAUUGCGCUAUGCAGCGAACUCGGCUUUGAUCGCUCUGAUCGCGGCCGAGGACGGCAUCAAAACGACGUCAUUCAGGACGUGGGCGACGAAACAGAUCAACUUCAUGCUUGGGGAUAACUUGAACCACAGGAGCUACGUCGUUGGCUUCGGCAACAACCCACCUGUACGACCUCAUCACAGCAGCAGUUCCUGUCCAGACGUGCCUGCCCCAUGCGGUUGGAACGAGUUCAGCAGCUCCAGCCCUAACCCACAGACCUUGCAUGGGGCACUGGUGGGUGGACCCGCUCUGGACGAGUCGUACCAAGACGUGCGCAGCGACUACAUCCAAAACGAGGUGGCGUGCGACUACAACGCCGGCUUCCAGUCCGCACUGGCUGGUUUGAUACAUCUCGAAGAUUCAUCACAACUUCCUGCAGUUACCCCACCAUCAGGAUGUUAAAUUAUACGAAAGACAAUAAUCCAUAAAAUAAAUAAAUGUAUUUUAUUAAC